AUGGAAACGGUUUCCGCAGACUAUGGCAAACGGGUUUAUCAAGGUGUGCGGGUGAAGCACACAGUGAAGGAUCUGCUGGCCGAAAAGCGUUUGAGGCAGACAGGUGGCUCGCGGCUGAACGGAAGUGUCGCUACAACUCAGUCAUCCUUUGUCACAUUGCCGGGUUCCGCCGCCGUGUCUAGUUACUACGGAGUUCGAAGGUCCCUAAUGGCAGACAUGGAUUUACAAAGCAACAAGCAGAUCUCUGGCGACGUCUACGCUUCCUCCCUCAUAGCCAAGCCGUUUGCGUAUGACUCCCCGGCAGUCCAGGGCUACCCUUCCAUCCUGGACACCCAUUUCAUGGACCAAUACGUCGACCACCGGGCAGCAUCCGUCACUUCCGGGGCCUCGUCGCUCCUUGGGGCCUCGCCACUGACAUCCAUCAUGCCGUCCUUUCCAAGUGACGCAGCGCACUUUUUAACUAGAGACUCCUGGGAACCACCCUUGCCUGACAGCCUCGGUCAGUCGGAUGAGUGCUCAGAAUCCUUACAAGGGUCUUCCGCUCCUGGCUGCCUCACUUCACACGAGCCGGGAGGCUCUUCCCACUACAGAAGCCCCAGCUGGAGUUCGCCGCUCCCUGGAACUCCGUCCUAUCCUUUCCACGCUCUCGAAGAUGUCCACUACGCAGCAGGCUACUCCUCUUCCUCCUCCUCCUCCUCCUACCCUUUCUCCUCUUUUAUGACCACCGUGGGCAGCGAUCUCCCUCCCAAGAUGUUCCAUGCCUCUUCAGAAGAGUCCUCGGACGCAACGCCUCUCCCCGACAACAGCGCUCUCUGGCCCAAGGAAGACAGCAGCCCCCUCUGGGGGUUGUACGAAUGUCGAAGGACUUACUAA